AUGUACAGCGCAUCAUACCGCUACAAUCCUGAAUGCGGCUGCAAUGAUCGAAUGGGGGAGAAAGCCGUGUUGCCGUACGAGUUGUAUGACUGCUGCGGGCGCGACGAGCGUGGCGGGCGCGACAACGGGGCGUUGUUGCAGAAAGGAUAUUUGCAUUCUCCGGCGCGCGCACACGCGUGUGCUGGUGCGCAAAAUUGGGUCCGAGACGUGGAGGCGGAGGUUCAGUACCUCUGCGACGUGUUUCCGUCCUGCCGGUGCCCGAUGUUUGACUAUAAGCGCAGCCGGAAGGUGCAUCGGAGUUGCGUGAUAGAGAAAACGAUGCCUAAUAUCCAAGACGACUUUUACCUGAACAUCCUGCAUUGGGGCAGCUUGUCGGCCAACCAAGGGCCGUCAGAGUUUAAUGGUGCCGGUCUUACGACGCCAAAUUCGGGUCUGAUUGCGAUGGCCUGUAUUGGCGAGGUCUUGUUGCUGGAUCCAAGUCUGACGGUCGUGGGCUCGCUGGGCGCCGGCGGCAGCGACCGGACGCCGUUGGUGCCCGGAAGUCCGUCGCACCCGCGCAGACGCGCCGCUGGACUGGCGAACGUUAUCGCUCAGACCUUCAACGCCUUCGUCGGCCUCAGCCCGAGCCGCUCGUCGCAGUUGCUGGCGCGCACGCCGCUGCCUGCAAGCCAGACACUCGUGCCCGAAGAGGAGGAGGAGGAGGGGGCGCUGCGCUUCCCGCCCGAACUGCUUCCCAGUGUAGAAAUGGGCGAGGCGGAAGAGGACGACUACAUAACGGACGGCGGCGAGAUGGGACAGUCUCGAGACCUGAGUAUGGGGCAAUCGGUUAACGGCGCAAACCAGGUGGCGGAUGUUGACGGGGCCGUUCCCGAGACCGCGAUGCGCGCUACGGCUGUCGAGGGUCGACCGAGUGGACGAAUUGCUUCUCUUCCGCCUGUGCCGGAGCGCAGUACAUCCUCGUCUUCGAACCGUGUGGAAUAUACCUCAGUGCGAUGGAGUACGGACGGACGUUUGGCCCUGGGAACGCGUUCGGGUGACGUGGAAAUUUGGGACGCGGCUGUGGGUCGUUGUGUGGCUGUGCUGUCGCCCCAUUGCCAACGUGUGGGUGCUCUGGAUUGGGUCCCGGACCACCCGCAAUUGCUUGCCAGUGGUGGUCGUGACAAGACAUUGGUGGUGAGCGACGUGCGUUCGGCUGCACCUGCCGUUGAGAUCGAUAAGCAUAAGCAGGAGGUUUGCGGUCUCGCUUGGCGACCGGCUAACCAGCAAGACCCGUCGCUGAAUAGUCAGAGCGCGGAGGGUCCGGACUUGGAGGAGUUGAUAUUGGCUGAUGUCCGGGCUCCGGAUUUGGAGGAGAAUGCUCGUCCUGCAUCUUCGCUUUGGUCAGUCCUGGAAGCAGAGACUUUGCGUGCACGCGGAGUUGCGCGCGUUUCACUACGUGAGACGCAACGGCAGACACUACGUGCCUUACGUCGAGCAACGGCGGCGGCGCCACGCGGUUCAGGCACACGCAAUUCGGCCACCACAUUGGCGAGUGGCGGGAAUGACAAUAAGGUCUUUCUAUGGGAGUUGGGACAGCCAGCUACUCCGGUGGCUAAGUUCGCGGACCAUUCGGCGGCCGUCAAGGCACUGGCUUGGGCCCCUACACGACAUGGUGUUCUUGCUACCGGCGGUGGUACGAAUGACCGAACAAUGCGCGUGUGGAACACAGAAGCCAAAUGGCAGCUCUGUUCUAUCGAGACCGAGAGCCAGGUCUGCAACCUUCACUGGUCUCCAGCUACUCUCGAACUUUUCUCCAGUCACGGCUAUACUCUUAACCAAGUGAACCUCUGGGAUCUCAAACCCCGCGGAGAACGCAAACUACGUCUACGCAAAGUACAAACGCUGACCGGACAUACCUCCCGCGUGCUCUUCAUGGCACCCGCGCCGGACCGCCGACUCGUCGCUACCGCCGGCGGUGACGGCACCGUGAAAAUCUGGAACGCCUUCGGCAACUGA